GAAACUAGAAAAUACUGGUCAGUGAAAUGCGACUGGACAGGUCAAGUAGAUAAAUAUGGCAACAGCUGCAGACCCAGGAGUGCGUAUCAACGGAGGAUGGUCAACACAUUUGGCGGACAAUUUACAGGAACAGAAAGACGAGGUUCUGGCUUUACAAUCCAUCUUUGAAGGUGAAGAAAACCGACUUACUGUUUUUUCUGUGGCACCGGAAGAAAUUCCAGAAAGUGAAGAUUGCAAGGAGAAUUCUAGAUUUUACCAGCUUCAGCUACAAGUGCCUGUUAAACAAGAUGUUGCUAAGGUAACUCUAGACGUCUGCACGCCCAUACGAGGACCAGUGAACAGUACAACACAGGACUCAAAUGUUCAGAAUCUAGCAGCUCUCAACUACAAACGGUCAGAUUCAGGUAACAAUCUAUUGGCAUCCAUCCUCAUUUCUCACCUAACACCAUUAAAUUUGACGGUGACUUUUCCUCCCGAGUACCCAGCCUGCGGACCACCACAAUUUACAUUGACAGCAAUUUGGUUGUCAUGGCAACAGCUUGGCGCACUGUGUGUGAUGUUGGAUAAGUUAUGGGAGGAUUCGCCUGGGAUGCCCAUACUGUAUACUUGGAUUGAUUGGCUGGAGAAUAAUUCAUUGAGUUUCCUCGGCCUCCGAGACCAUGUGUUGUUACAAGAGACCAGUCCUGAGGACAUUGUUGUAGAUGAGAGGGGGAUGCAGGAUUGCUUGGAUAUUGAAGAGGCAGUCACAAUUAUGAUGAGGUACAGUACAGAUGAGGAGAACUUUCAGUUCAGGAGGACAGACCAUGAGUGUUGUGUAUGUUUUAUGGAGUUCCCUGGGGCCGAUUUCUACAGAAUGAAACAGUGUGGACAUCAUAUUUGUCGGGAAUGCAUGCAGACUCUUUGUCAAAUUCACGUCAAAGAAGGAACUGUCACUGAACUUGUGUGUCCAGAAUCUGAGUGUAAGACAGAUAUACCACCAGGUGUCAUCAGAGAAGUUGUGGGAGAGGAACAAUUCUGCCGCUAUGAACGUCUCACUUUACAGAAAGCACUAGACACUAUGGGUGACAUUGUAUGGUGCCCACGUUGUCAAGGGGUAGUUGUACAGGAGAGUGACAAAACUCUUCACCUAGGCUACUGCAUCUACUGUCAGUUCUCGUUCUGUACCUUGUGUAAGAAACUGUGGCAUCAGGGAGAGAGAUGUGUGGGUGUUGAAGAUGCUGUCAAAGCUUUGGAAGACAAACUGAGCAUUAAGAAGGAUGACGCAGAAGAGAUAAAACGGAAAAUAGAAAGACUGAAGGAAGAAGCAUCAAGCAAUGUGUAUUUAACAAACAAAGCAAAGACAUGUCCUUCUUGUCAUGCCAAUAUACAAAAGAUAUCUGGGUGUAACAAGGUCAUGUGUAGAUGUGGCUGUGCGCUGUGCUAUGUCUGUGGGAAGGACAUCACACAGACUGGAUACGAACACUUUAAUCAGAGCAGAUACUGCAGCACGUUUACAGACUAUGAAGACAAUGAUUUUGUGUGGAACAGGCGACCAGUACCACAGAUAAAUCCAGGGAGAGUGGCAGUAAUGUUGAAUAUCCAAACGAGGUUAGCAGAGAAUCCUCUUCUGAAGCAGGUCCAAUGUCCUCGGUGUCACAGGAAGAACCUUCAGGGUUUACAUGGAAACAACCAUGUUAAAUGUUGGAACUGUGGCACCGGAUUCUGUUUCCUCUGUCGGGAAAUACUCAACAAAGUUCCAGUAACCAAACAUUUCAAACCCCCGUCACCUUGUCGACAACAUACUGUGGAGAGCAAUCAUCUACCUGGGGAAGAUGAUGACAAUUCCUGAUAAAAGCUGCAAACAUUUUUUACUAACAUAUGUAAACCGCUUAUUUCAUACAUUUUCAUACAAAGGCACCAAAUGUUCAUUCAAGCAUUGACGCAUGAAGAAAAUACACGAAACAAGUUGCCAAUGGUAAACAUGCAAUUAGGAACUCGUGACAUGAAGGUCAUUUGGGCAGGGAAGCAGGGAGGGUGACAAAUAUCAAACUACACGUUUGUGCUCUUCAACAAUCCCAAGAUUAUCAUGUUUUCUUCAUAUCAAAGUUGACGAUUUGGAUGGGAAAAAUUUCCAUAGAUGGCAAUUAAGCCAGUGGUCCCAACAAACUAUUCCAAAACAAUAAAGUGAUGAGUUUCUGAUAUUCUAGUUGUUGUGGUAUCAACUUUAAUGUGUUACAGCACUGAGGUGCUUUUUUUAUGAAAAUUUUGUGGAAGUUGAAAGAUUUGAUUUGUACUUUUCAGACAUGUAUUUCACUCCUGCAUCUCAUUUGCUCCUGAAAUAUCACAGAAUAUUUAUGAGAGUUAUCUAUUUUUAACUACAGUGCACAAGAGUCAAAGAAAUGAAAUAAUUCAUCACUCCCAUUAGGA